UCAACAGUUUCCAUCUCUGGCACCCAAAUUUGCAAAAGAAAUAAACACAAGUCUUCAUUAUCUUUGAGGAGAACAGAAGCCAUGGAUUCUUUAAGAGGCCAAGGUGGGAUUCAGAUGCUUUUAACUGCUGAACAAGAAGCAGGCCGGAUCGUUUCAGCUGCUAGGACCGCUAAACUAGCAAGAAUGAAGCAAGCCAAAGACGAGGCUGAGAAGGAGAUGGAAGAGUAUCGGUCCCGAUUAGAAGAAGAGUAUCAGACACAAGUUUCUGGGACGGAGCAAGAAGUAGCUGCAAAACGUUUAGAAGAGGAGACAGACGGCAGGAUCCAGAACCUUAAGGAGUCUAGUUCAAAGGUCUCUAAGGAGAUUGUCAAAAUGCUCAUCAAGUAUGUUACCACUACUGGAGCUAUUCUCAAUACACUCACCUCAUAGUUCCUUAUUUUGUUGCUACGUUACCAUUUUAUUUUAUUUUAUUUUAUUUUAUUUUGAGUUUUUCUUUCUAUUGCCAUGUGAUAUGCAAAACGACUUUGCAUUUACCU